CCACUAGCUUGAGCUGCUGUGAGUUUAAUGGUAAACGCCACUCUCGCAGUAGAACAUCCCAUAUGCUCGCGUGACAUCAACAACAAUGGCAAACCGUUUUCUGUUUUCAUAGCGCUCCGGCAUUAGGUGCGAUCUGAAUUUGCAUAGUUGCGGCUACAAAUCGGUACGUUUAGUUUGAGAACGUGUAUUUUUUUCCAUGUGUUUGUAAUUUCCAGUUUCCUUUUUUCCCCCUCUCUCUCCCAAAAAUGUGCGAGGCGCUGUUGGCAAGCUCCCACAGUCCGUGCAUGUGUGUCCCUGCUGCUCGUCUGCUGGGCUAUUGCUACUAACCUAGCUGCUUUUCAGUCGGUGGAUAGCCAGCGCUAGCCUGGCCGCGUUCAUUGACUUAGGUAAAAAAAAGAAGAAAAGCGUGAAUGUAAAGCGUAUGCGUGCGACCUGUUUUAUGAAAACUCUUCUAAACUAACCGUUCGUUUUCGCUGUCGGGUAAGCUAAUAGGUGUUGUAUGAUUUGUCGUGGAAAAUACUUUGUUGGCUAGCUAACUGGCUAGCUAUUUGUGUGUAUUCUUCGACUGAGAAAAACGGCGAGUUUUCUUGAAAGUAUGGAUGAUCAGACCAGGAUGUUAACGGGUCUCACCGGACUCGGUGGACUACCGCAGCCCGAUGUUGGUGACCCAGACUCGGUCAGAAAACAGCAGUCCCUUGGUCAACCGCAACAAGACAUUGGGGAUAUUCUACAGCAAAUAAUGGCCAUCACCGACGAAAGCCUGGACGAAGCACAGGCCAGAUGCUGGCCAGAGGAAUCGCCGGCGCAUAGGGGUGGAUCAGACGACCCCACAGAGGGAGGGAGAGCAGGGGGGGGCAUGGCAGGGGGUGGCCUGCCACUCAACUUCCAGCACAGGAAGCAUGCCCUGAACUGUCACAGAAUGAAGCCAGCGCUUUUCAGCGUUCUUUGUGAGAUCAAAGAGAAGACUGUGCUGAGUAUACGUGGUGUGCAGGAGGAAGAUCCCCCAGAUCCUCAAAUCAUGCGCUUGGACAACAUGCUAUUAGCAGAAGGGGUGUCAGGACCAGAGAAGGGUGGAGGAUCAGCUGCGGCAGCAGCAGCAGCAGCGGCAGCAGGGGGCUCACCCACCGACAGCAGCAUCGAGCACUCCGACUACCGAGCCAAGCUCGCCCAGAUCCGUCAAAUAUAUCACUCUGAGCUGGAGAAAUAUGAACAGGCCUGCAGCGAGUUCACCAACCAUGUAAUGAACCUGCUGAGGGAGCAGUCUCGCACACGGCCCAUCUCUCCCAAGGAGAUUGAGCGCAUGGUGGCCAUAAUCCACCGCAAAUUCAGCUCCAUUCAGAUGCAGCUCAAACAGAGCACCUGUGAAGCCGUCAUGAUUUUACGCUCGCGCUUCCUUGAUGCCAGACGCAAAAGGCGCAACUUCAACAAGCAAGCUACAGAGGUGUUGAACGAAUAUUUCUACUCCCACUUGUCUAACCCCUACCCUAGUGAAGAAGCAAAAGAAGAACUGGCCAAAAAGUGUGGGAUCACAGUGUCUCAGGUCUCGAAUUGGUUUGGCAAUAAGAGAAUACGCUAUAAGAAGAACAUUGGAAAGUUCCAGGAAGAAGCAAAUCUCUACGCAGUUAAAACGGCGGUGGACGCUGCCAAUGUCUCGGCGCAGGCCAGCCAGGCCAACUCUCCAGCAACGCCCAACUCAGGUGGAUACCCUGCACCGUGCUACACACCUGACGGGCGGCUAUGAGGAGUUGUCGGGCAGUGGCCUGUUCACGCCUCAUCGCCUGGAUGCCAACAGCUGGCAGGACACCACCAACCCCUCCUCGGUUACCUCCCCUCCUGAUCCUCCCAACAGUGUCCACUCCGACACCUCCAACUGAUUUGGUGGCUCCCCCUGCCCUCAUUUUAAUCCCAAUCCAGUCUGCUAAGACGCCUAUGCUCUGCUCAUCUUCUGUUCACCUUUUCCUGAGUCAAGAAACCACACGAGGCUGCGUUCACACUUCAGAUGCUUCAGCUGCGCUGGAACAGGACAGCUGAACAUUGACAUGAAGGUUCUAGUCUAAUGGUUUUUUUUUUUUUAUUUUAGCCACAACAAAAAGGGGAACGGAGCUCACGGAUACUAAGAAGAAAUCCUAACCUCAAGGAUUUUUUAAACCACUGACCCAGCUGUGUAGAUCAUGAUGUCUGUACAUUAUGUGUAUAUGCACGUUAACUUUACUCUCACAGCUUGUUGAUGUGCUGUCGACCUCUACAUUCAACUCUUUGCUUGGGGAAGCUGUGCGAUUCCCUGUAAGGACUGAAGCCUCGGCGUCUUGACAGCCGACCUGUGGAUACCGAUCACCAGGGAGCUCUGCUCACCCUGCUUGUACCAAAGUGCUGCCCGCCCCCCCCCGUUCCUCCGAGAUCACCCUCUGCCAACUUAAUACAAGACACUUGCAUCUUCUCGUCCUUUCAGCUUGACGUUUCCCCUCUGUUGGGAUCUCAAACGGAACGACUGAAAUGCACAAAGGUGCAUGCAGAAACCGCCCAUAUCACCCAACUCUAAACUUUUCAGCUUUUUUUAAGAGCGAGCUGACAUGACAAGUGUGUCAAGCACAAAUGUUAGCAUCCUUAAUAUAGGUUUUGUACAAAGGUAGUGAAGGGGAACACUAUUUGAAACCAAGUGAGAUUGGGGCUGAUGAGACGAGGCCAUCUUUGACUGGAUGUAACUAACAGCCCCUUCUGUUGCUAACCAAUAGAGGGUGUUAAUAGUUUGCUUGUAUACUUUACUUCUUGCUUUCUGUCGACUAGUUUGUUUGAUUGUAGGCUAUUUUCUAAUGCUGUUUCACCAAGAAUGCACCAGCCACCACCAAAAAGUAGCUCAACAAAGCAUCGAAAUGAAGAAAGUUUAAGCUUGUGGGGCGCCGAUGUGUUACUGGGGCAACACGACAUGAGUUUAGAAAUGUAACGGUCUUCCAUGCAUGUAGGACUUUUUAGGUGUGCUAUUGUUUUCAUUUAACCUUCCGAGUUUUUAAGCAUCAUUUUGAACAAAAAGCAAAGGGUAUAAUUAUCACAGUCAGACCAAAAAAUGAAAACGUGCAUCAUGUAUUGCUAUAAUGUGUGUGUCUCUGUGUGAGCGUGUCUACAGUGUUCUCGGGAUGUCUUAGUCAAACUCGCUGGUGCCCGUGUGGACUUUCUGAGCAUUAUAAAGACUGGGGGGGACUCCACCAGCCAGCGACGCAGGAGCUGGGGUUCAACUGAGAUUUUCCUCGUCAUCCUUGGUACAUUUUUAAGUUUGUCUGCCUGAGGCAACACACGACAACCUAUCGUACCAAAACCAAAAAUACCAACAUAGCAACAUAAUAAUGCUACUCUUUCUCUCCCUAAAGUUGGUGCACAGCCAUCGUUUUAAGUCUGAGAAGAGAAUUGUAUUUGUAUGCGUGUCUCUCUUUGUAGUGUUGUCGUGCCUCAAGUUAGUCAUUUUGAGGCGUUUUGUUAUGGAGCUUCAUCGGGGGGUGGAGUGAACGCUUUCAUCACACCCAUGUUUAUAUUGGGAGUAUGGACAGAUCGCUCUCUUUUACUCAUUUAAUACCUUCUAGUAAAAAAAAACUUUUUUUUUUUUAGUUAUUUGGCCAAUCGGGCAAGGGCUUCUCCCUCCUCACCAAAAGAAUAAAGAGGCAGCACUGGGAAAUCUAGUGUUUCUGACAAACCCUUCCAACCAUUUUAUACAUUAACUUAUGUGAAUAAUUUUGAUAGUAAGGUAAGCCUUAUCCAGAUAAUGUCAUUUAAGACUUUAUUGAACUAUGUUACAGAACAAAACCUGAUCUUUAAUAAUCAGGUGUGAUAUCCCACAUCUAAUGACCUGUUUUGUUACUCAUUUCAUAUCAUUGCCACACCAAACUGUCAAGCCCCGCCCCUUUUUCUACCUGUUGUAAUGGAUGUCACUGUACAGUUUGUGUAAUGUUUUAGUAUUUUUUUUUCUUUUUCAUUUUAUAAACAUUGUUUGGAGAUGCCAGUUUUAUUUUGGCCUUUAUCUAACAGGAUUCACAAUAAUUAUGGAUUUUUGAUGUUAUUUAGGUCUUUGGUUGCGAUGGAAGAUUUACAAAAGCUGCGUUUGAUGCUGUGGAACUGCACUUGUUCAUUCUUGUCUGCGUUCCUCACAUUUACUGAUACUGAUCUGUUUUAUGAGAAAACAUCUCAUUUGUAAAGACCUGAAGAUCCUCCUGGGAAAUGUAAAUGCCAACAUCCACCCUGCAGAGCUGUACUUUAACACUGAACAGUGUUUGGAUACUUUGAGUAACUUCCACAGCAUCAAAUGGAUUUGUAAACCUUUACUUUCUUUGGUUUUUUUUCUAUUAGUAUAUUUGUAUCGCUCCUCUUUUCCUUGUAUUUACCCCUCUACCUCUGUCUUUCCAUUUCUCUUGUAUAUAACCCCACUGUUUUCAGACUUGUGAGUCUGUAUGAACUCCUUUUAUACCUCAACUUUAGAAUUGUUCUAGAAAGAGUAAAACAAAACGGAACAAUAUAAAAAUUGUAGUGUUCUUAUUAGAAAAAUUAAUAAAAAAAAUAUUUAGUGUGACUUUUCAGUAUUUGAUUUCAGACUUUAGGAGUGUUUCACUUUUUUUAAGUUUGUCACAAAUGCUCUUGUGAUAGUCAAAUGUAAUAAAAAGAGAGAUUGCACCAUCA